AGCUCAGCAUUCUCUGCUCCGGUCGCCCGAACGCCUCCUGCACCCACCAUGGCCACCAUUCAGCAGCUGGUAGGAAGAUGGCGCUUAGUGGAGAGCAAAGGCUUCGAAGAGUACAUGAAGGAACUAGGCGUGGGGAUGGCUCUGCGGAAAAUGGGCGCCAUGGCCAAGCCAGACUGCGUCAUCACUUCUGAUGGCAAACACCUCACCGUGAAAACCGAGAGCACAUUGAAGACAACACAGUUCUCUUGCGACCUGGGAGAGAAGUUUGAAGAGACUACAGCUGAUGGCAGAAAAACUCAGACCGUCUGCAACUUUGUGAAUGGCGCAUUGGUGCAACACCAGGAAUGGGACGGGAAGGAAAGCACCAUAACCAGAAGACUGGACGGCGGGAAGUUAGUGGUGGAAUGCGUCAUGAACAAUGUCACCUGUACUCGGAUCUAUGAAAAAGUAGAGUGAAAAUGCCAUUAUCCUUCCAGACAGGAAUUAGCUGUGAGGAUAACAAGCUCAGUUCAAUGAGCAAAUCUUUCCAUGCUUUUUUUUUUUACUGUGUUCAGUUAUCUUUAUCAUAAACAUUUUACAUGCAACCAUUUCUGAGUGUUGGUUUAAUUAGGAUCAACUCUUUGGUUAGUAAAUAAAUGUGUUUAUGCUA